AUGCCCGUCCGCAUCCCCCUCUUUCCCAAUCUCAACCCCGAGCAAUAUGAGGAGGCACUCAUGAAAUGGCGCGAAAACCGCACUCCGAAGGCGAUCCGACGGCUGAUAUCCAGGUAUGUCGUCUUUAAAAAGGACUACAACAAUGUUGACUUCGCUCAGUGGAACCCGGACGCAACCCCUAGCACCCGCGACGUCAAGCAGAUGCUGGAUUGGUACACCGUCACCAAAACACAUUACUUCCCGCGGGUUAAAAGCGUAAAGCUCCUGGGAGUUGGAUUCACGAACGUGUACUUCGUGGUCAGAUUCUACACCCCACAGGACACCCCCGGCGAGGGACCCAUGACCUUGCCCGAGAAGUUGUACCUGCGAUUCACACUACCAUUGCACUACCCAGAGGAUGCCAUGCCUUGGGCCGGGCCGCGCCUGGAGCAUGAAAUCGCCACGAUGUCCUGGGUUGCCGAAUACAACUCCCUGACGCCCAAAAUUUACUUGUUUGACUCCUUUGCGCAGAACCAGCUUCAACUGGAGUGGCUUAUGAUGGAGCCCGUGCAGGGAUUUGUCCUCGAGAAGUGCAUCGACAAUCGAUACUGCACAUGCGAGACGGGUCUACAGGGCUUUGCACCAGUAGGUAUGAAAGCUCCUGCUAUGAACAGGGAUGCUGUUGCGAAAACCUUCUCGGAAAUUCAUGGUGCUUUUAAGAAAAUGACCUUUGCUCGCCCCGAGCAAGGCAAGGUAAUCGCCGGGUUCCAUGUCCACCAGGGCACCUGUUACGAUUUUCUGGGCAGGGUGGUGUCCAAACAGUUCGACGUCGCGGCGAGAAUUUCCAAGAUUGAGACCAGCAGCGAUCCAUUCCCAUCUUUCGAACAUUACUUUGACGCAUAUUUUGACGCGGUGUACCACGACAUGGACUCCGGCGACCGGCACAUCAGGAAAAUGAAGCUUUACAGCACACUUGAAGCCCGAGGAACGCCUUGCCGGAAGCUUUUCAGUUACAUGCACCGCAAGAACGUCGACCCCAAUUCAGAUGAGCCACUCCUUCUCAGGAGCUUGAAUCUGCACACCGGAAACGUCCUCGUUGACGAACAUGGUCAUGUUGUUGCUGUUCUGGGUUGGGAGGACGCGGUGGUCUUCCCACUAGAAUGGUUAAAGUCAGCUGACGAACUGAAUCAGGGUCUUCUUCAUUGUACUAAUGAUCCUCUUUUCCGACCGUUGAGGAGCGUCAUGGAGUCGUUUGACCUGAUCCCCCGUGGCAGUCGGAGGCCGAAGUACGAACUGGGGUUCGAUCACGGAUGUCCUGAUCAUACUCGCGACAGCCAAACCCACUUCCGUCCUGACCAUGAUCGUACAGCCACCCCGAAAACUCCAAGGACCCCGAUCACUCCCGUGAAAGAGAUGUUUGGAAAGGUCUUCAAGGAGCUUAGAAAGUGA